UCAUCGUCUGCCUUUUUAACUUGUGGGUAUUUUGUUUUGUAUUUAAGGCAAUGGUUGGUUGUAAAAGUACACUGCAUUUUGUUUCAAACAUUUUUCGUUCUCUACAAAGGCACAGACUACCGUGUAGACCAUAUCCAGAAUAUUCUUCAAGCGUUACAACUUCAGUGGCACGUGAAAUGUCGGACUCGGAGGUGACUUUGCAAAAUGAUGAAAAUCCCCCUGAACGCCAAGGUGUUAUAUCCAGUUUUGAAUGUUCGUCACAGUGCAGUAAAAAAGUUUAUAGUAGGAUUCCACAGAAUUUUUGUUUAAACCUAAACUGCAAAAAAUGAACGUUUCUAGGAUCAAGUAACUUGGAGAAGAUGGGUUACAAACUUACACUGAACACUGAGGAGACUGUUGCCACGGUGACCAUGCCAGGAUUGUCUGUUGAAGACUUUGAUAGAGAUGGUAAUCCAAGAAUUACAAGCCUGAUGCAUGUUGUUGUUUGUAUGCGAUUCUUUGCAAAUCACAAACCUCUCGACAAGUCAGGUCGUACAUUUUGUGAUUAUGCCAAACUGACAAAUGAUUCAUACUCGUUCAUGGCAUCAGUGGCAAUAGAGACCGACCAAGGUAUGUACGAUAGAACUGUAUCAAAAUGGCCCCUUAGUUUCCAAUUCCAAAUUGGCUAUGUUGGAAAGUCAUCUCUGAGUAGCAUUGGCACACUAACUGCGCCCUCUACUGGGCAGAAACUUAUGCACAUCAUCACUCAAGUUGUUUACAUCAACAAAGCCACCAGGCGACCAAUGCCUCUUCCUGAUUGGUGGAGAGGAAAAUAUGCUAAUGUCGCCAUUUCAAAUGAACCUUUGAUAGUACAGAGAACUGCCAGACCAGCUGAUACCCAUGUCUUCAAGGUGACGGUCAUGUGGACAGACACGGACAAUUACAAUCACACAACCUGGACGUCGUACGUUCAGUUCUGUAUCAACGCUAUGCAUGAUGGGAUAAAAAAGGGUUUUUACAAGAACGUCAGUAAAGAGGUCGUCCAAAUGGGACUGCGGAAAAUCAGGAUGGGGUUUACAGGAGAAAAUCUUGAAGGCGAUGAGUUGAUCGUUCACAGCUGGGAAAGCGCGGAAGACAACACAGCGGUUUGCUUUGAAAUAGAAAAUACGGAUGGAGAAGUUGUAUUUCACACCAUGCUCGGCUAUCCCAGCAUUCUAGCAAGAAUAUAAGAUGACCAGUUUGAAUAUGGACAGACCUCGCCAUGAACAGAAUUGAGGGAAGUAAUUCAUUGUUGAGCUAACUUAGAUUAUGGUUAGCUAUAUAAGAUAUUGUCAUAGUGAUACAAGAUAAAUUUGCAUGCUGAGGGGAGCUAAAAAUUGCCCUCUAUGAACUAGUCUCCGUGAAAGUGAUAGCUUCAAACGACGAGGUCUGAAUAUAUUUUUUAUAUUCGUAUAUAAACAUUAUUUAUUCCAGUUUUAUCCUGAAAACUCAGAAAGUUCUGAAUAUAUUAUAUACACACAGUGCGUUAGUCUGAACAAAGCUUGAACCAAAGGUGUUCUGACUAUAUUGAAAUGCAGCGAGUGUCUCAAGAAUCUAUUUAUCUUUUGAAAGAUGUCUUCCUGGGAGGGGGGCUGAAUGUAGCCCAGUGGUAAAGCUUUAACCUCGCCGGUGAGCCCAUUGGAAAACUAGUAUUUUCCGUUUGAAUCUGUGCUCCAUAACUGGUGUAACAAAGGCCAUGGUGUGUGAUAUCCUGUCUGUACGAUGAUGCCCAUAGAAGAUUCCUUGCUGCUGGUAGUCAAAAAGAGCAGCCCAUGUAAUGGUGGCAACUACUGCUCACCUACCCGUGUUGCGGUCUUUAACCAUGUGUGACACACUUGACACUGACACCAUAUAGUCGUAAUUAAAAUGUGUCGAGUGUGUUGUUCAAUAAUAAAAAAAUGUGUUGUCUUCUUGGAAGUUUGGAAAGGACUUUUUUUUAUUAAAGGGACAGACCUUAGUUUUUAAACACUAAGACAUAUUUUUCACAUAGACCCUAGUUUCAACCAGUAAAAAUGGACACUAAGUUUGGUUAAUUUACAAACCUUUAAC